AUGGCAAACUCUAGUAUUUAUGGGGCAAAGGCUAUGCAUAUGAUGAAAUAUAUGCCUGUCUAUGCUACGCCGACCCAAGAAAUCGAUGAGAAAAGACUAAUCUAUCUAGCUUAUAACUUUGAACAAGAAGUAAAACUAGCAUCCGAAGCUAAUAAAGGGGAGAAGAAAUUUCGUAACUAUCGUUACGAAUUAUUAGGCGUAGAAGAAUUACUAGUGUAUCGAAGUCAAUAUCGAAAACUUAUCCACAGACUAUUGUUUUUACUUAUUGCAAAACAACUAUUUGACUUACCUUCAAAAAUUAUUACGGAAACAUUAAAAGCUACUAAAUUACUAGAAAUUGGAUCCAUAGAAGUUAUAAAAUUUUUUCAUCUAUCAUCGGAUCUAAUCAACCAGUUAAUAUCAGUAAUCUUUGGAGCCGUCCAAAUCGACCUGGAAAGCAAUGAGGACAAUCACUUGAAUCAACACCUUUUCAUUUGCUUAUAUAAUCUAAUUGGCGAAAUUUAUAAAAAAUCCACAAUGUCGAAAGAAAGCUACAAGUACUUUCAACCUCACUAUCGACUAAUGGCGCAAAAAAUUAUACUCAUGAUUUAUCCAAGUGCAGAAAUUUUAUGUAGUUACUUGAGUGAGCCUGGUGUUGAAGCUAUGAUAUCUGCUGCAACCGGAAAUUAUAAUAUUCCAAAACUUAUGUUUAAUGCCAUAGCAAAUACAGAUGGAUAUCAGGCUGGUGUUAAAGUUGCUUGCCGUGUCUUGGCUGAAACUUUACUAGCAAACAUAUCUUCACGGUCCGAAGUUCAAAGUGAUGUUAAUACUAUUUCAUGGUUCGAUAAUUUUCGACGUAGCAGAGAUGUUAUGGAAAAGGAAACUAAAACCCUACCACGACCUCAUUCUUCUCCUGCUCUUAAUCCCAAAUUUAUCAACAGAGCUAAGCUAUUGCGUAGUAAAUCAGCUAAGGGCCAGAAGUCCAAUGUAAAGCAUGUACAAAAGGAAGCAACUGUAGGUGAUCCAAUUAUCGUUGACAAACAGUAUGUUGCAAGGAUAAUAAGUCUUCCAUCAGACAAUUUAGCCUUAAUUGCUAUCAAUGCAAGCAGAAAACCAAAUUCACUGGCAUCAACCUCUCCUAUCAAUAAAUACAGCUAUAUAACGUUAAGCUCAAUUCGAUGGAAUCCAUUAGGCUAUUGGGUUCACAUUCGAUCCGAUUCAGUGGACUUUCGGAGCGAAAGCGAAAUUGAAUCAAAGCAACACCGCACAACUAUUCUGCGCCAAUGCCAACAUAUAAUAGCUACGAGCACGUUUACUCUUGGAAAGCAUUUGAAUUCACUUUUAAAUGAUAAGAUACGAGAUAUUCCUACUGAAGAUAAUGAAACAAAUGCAGUAUCUAUAUCGACAGGAAUGAGAAUGGUCAUUAAUAUGCCCACGGUUUACGACCGGUUGCAUAAUUUAGAAGAAGGUAAAUUAAUGGAUCAGGAAGAAGAAGAUUUUUAUGAAUCAAUUGAAAAGCAGCACAAAGGAUCCUUAAAAUUCAUUGAUAUUCCUCGAGAAGAAAAAGAAGAAAAUAAAAAUGAUACCGAUACUGAAAAACAACAAUUAUUUACAAAGAUUAAGAAUAACCAUGGGUCCCAACCGCGUGAAGAUAAGAAUGAGAGCCAAGACCAAUUUCAUAAAGAAGCAAAAAUCAUCAGUGCCGGUAUCAUUGAUGAAUGUAUAGCCAGCGCAAUUCAUGAUACAUUGUUGACCCGAGAUAGCGAAGAAAUAGGACAGCUAUCGGAUAGCAAAAAGAUUAAAAGUGAUUCCGUUGUUAUUUCGAGCGAAAAUGCGUCCUGGAGUAAAGACCUUUCAUCAGAUUCUCGAGGAAAUGGUAUUGGCUCAAUAUUGAAUGUUUACAAUAGGCCCAGACCUAAAACGGCAAUAAAAAAAUCUCGAGAUGGUAUGAUAACAAAUUAUAUUUCUCAAAUUGGCUUUGAACAGUUUGCCAGUUUGUUAAUAUUAACAGAAUCAUUUUCUUAA